CAAACGUUAUGUAAAUGUUUUAUUUUGAUCAUUUCUUCCAGUGCAGAUACUUUGAGUAGAUUAAAAACUCACCUAAAAUUAUUUAAAAUGAAUCGAAAAUUGCUGAAAAAUGCUAGCUUGUGCAAUAUACUAGUUAAAAAUCAAUUAUCUACAUCCAGUCAGCUAGGAAGUGUAAACCCCGUAGACCUAUCCUAUAAUGUGUACGAGAACAAUCCGAGUGAUGAACUGACUCCACCAGUACUAAUCCUACAUGGUCUGUUUGGAUCAAAACUCAAUUGGAACAGCUUAUCAAAGGCUUUCCACCAGAAAACUAAACCCACGCGAAAGAUCUAUUCAAUUGAUGCCCGGAAUCACGGAGAAAGCCCCCAUUCAAAGGUCCAUUCCUACGAGCACAUGGUAGCUGAUUUGGUAGCGCUAUAUAAGAAGCUCAACAUUGGCAAGGCUUCCGUAAUCGGACACAGCAUGGGCGGGCGUGCCAUGAUGCUGCUAGCUCUGCAAUACCCCCAUCUCGUAGAUCGUGCCGUCAUUGUCGAUAUCUCACCUGCCCCGGGCAUUGGAACGAACAAGACCAACAUCCCGCUGUUCCUGCAGUCGAUGAAGUUGAUCCAAGUUUCGUCGGAUCACACGAUUCACCAGGCGAGAAAAAUCGCCGACGAACAAUUGUCGCGGAUUAUUGACGAAAAGCCGUUGCGUGAUUUCCUCAUUACCAAUCUGGUAAAAUCACCGGAUGAUGGUUCCUUCCGGUGGAGAAUCAACCUGGACGCAUUAGAGCGGAACUUUAUCUCCGGUGUGGCCAGGUUUCCCGAUGUAGGGAAGAUACGCUUUGAGGGACCGACGUUGUUCAUUGCUGGGGAAAAAUCGGAUUACAUACAGCAGAAAGAUAUUCCUGUGAUCAAACAACUUUUUCCCAAUUCGGAAAUAAGAUUUGUUGAAGGAGCUGGGCACUGGGUGCAUAGUGAGAAAUCAGCGGAAUUCGCCAAACUGGUUUUGGAUUUUCUGAACGAUAUCAAUUCGCAUUAGGAAUAUGAAUACGCUGAAUAGCUAAACAUUUGAUACAGGGUGUCCAUACCAAAUCUCAAUCGUUAGAUUUUCUUAUGUUAGGAUAUGCUUGUCGUUAAUAAUCAAUAUUUUAAAACCUAAUAAAUUUUGUUUCUAUUUGUAUUGCCCUUAG